AUCAUUUUCUCUAUCACAGAAGUCAACUCUCUAUCUCUCUCUCUUUCUCCUCUGCUUCUCUUACAUCUUCUCUGCCAUGAAUGAACAACUUCAGUUGUAAUAACAGUUUGAAUUUUCCAACUUAAAUUGAGCUUUGUUAGGUUAAACUUUUCUUGAUGGGUAACGGAGUGACAAAACUGAGUACAUGUUUCACAGGCAGAGAACGUUUCCGACAAAAAGACAUAACCUUUCAACUUCCUGAUCCUCUAGACGAAGGUCUAGGCCACUCCUUCUGCUACGUCCGACCCGACCAAACUCUAACCACUUCCUCAAAAGACCACUCAGAGCUCGAAGACACCACCACCACCGUGUUCCGUACAAUCUCCGGCGCCUCCGUCAGCGCCAACGCCGCGACUCCUCUCUCCACUUCUCUCUACGACCCGUACGGCCACGUCGACAGAGCAGCCGCGUUCGAGAGUACGACGUCGUUUCCUUCUAUCCCCCUCCAGCCCAUCCCCAGAAGCUCCGGUGAUGGUGAUCCGAACGAAAGAGGGUUCCUUUCGGGUCCCAUCGAGAGAGGUUUCAUGUCGGGCUCGCUUGACGACGACGGCAACGGGCUUGAUAACCCGAGCUCCGAUCAUCAUCACUUCCAGCGUAGCUUCUCUCAUGGUUUAGCUUUACGGGUCGGGUCAAAAAGAAGAUCUUUGGUUUGGACUAUCCGUCGAGUAAUAUCUAGGACGGUUUCUCGACGGCAAAACUCGGUCGUUGCUCCGAUCAGGCCAGAGAAGAAUCUUAAAGAAGGGACGUUAAACGACGGCGUUUCGGUGGAGAGUCAGAGUCUUCAGUGGGCUCAAGGAAAAGCCGGUGAGGAUCGAGUACACGUCGUCGUUUCGGAGGAGGAGCACGGUUGGCUUUUCGUGGGCAUAUACGACGGUUUCAACGGUCCAGAUGCGCCUGAUUAUCUUCUCUCUCAUCUUUAUCCUACGCUUCACCGGGAGCUCAAAGACUUGUUGUUAUGGGACGGUCCACAUAAUCAUUGUGAGCGACGGUGGAGAUGCGAGUGGGAUCAAGAAAAGCAAGAUCUUGACCGUCGGUUAAAGGAACAAAUUAAUUGUAGAACCGGGUCCAGGUCGGAUCGGUUAACGGACCAUAAGCAUGUACUACAUGCAUUGUCGGAAGCGUUGAGGAAGACGGAAGAAGCGUAUCUAGACACUGCUGAUAAGAUGCUGGAGGAGAAUCCCGAGCUGGCUUUGAUGGGUUCUUGUGUUCUGGUGAUGCUGAUGAAAGGUGAAGAUGUUUAUGUGAUGAAUGUCGGCGAUAGUAGAGCUGUACUUGGUUGUGAGGGAGAUCAUGACUCCUCUUUGGUAAAAAAUUUAUCGGCUUCUCAGCUUACUUUUGAUCACAGCACAAACGUAGAAGAGGAAGUUGAAAGAAUCAGAAACGAGCAUCCGGAUGAUGCUAGCGCGGUGACUAAUGAACGGGUUAAAGGCUCCUUGAAGGUGACAAGAGCAUUUGGUGCUGGUUUCCUAAAACAGCCUAAAUGGAACAAUGCGCUUCUUGAGAUGUUCCAAAUUGAUUACAAAGGGCAGUCUCCAUACAUCAACUGCUUACCCUUUCUCUACCAUCAUAGAUUAAGCUCCAAGGAUCGGUUUUUAAUACUAUCAUCGGAUGGUCUAUACCAAUACUUCACAAACGAAGAAGCGGUUUCAGAGGUUGAGCUCUUCAUCACAUUGCAGCCUGAAGGUGAUCCAGCCCAGCACCUUGUCCAAGAGCUUUUGUUCAGAGCUGCUAAGAAAGCUGGUCUGGAUUUCCAUGAACUGCUGGAGAUACCACAAGGAGAACGGAGACGGUACCAUGAUGAUGUUUCAAUAGUAGUGAUCUCUUUAGAAGGAAGAAUGUGGAAAUCUUGUGUAUAAAAAAACCAGUCCCUUUCGGCUUACAGACGCAAAGAAGAAUGGUGUGUAGUCUCUCAAUGAUGAUGUAUAAUGUUAAUAAAAAGAAGAAAAGUUUUGGCAACUCAUAGGUGAUGAGAAGAUUAUAGUUGUCUUAGAUUAGUGGUCUAAGAUUUGAUUCUUUGAAUUGUUAAGUUUCUUGCAACUGCUAACUGUAUGUGACGAAAAAAGUAAAUGAAGGAAUUGAAAGAGGUUGUUGGUUAAUUGUUAGGAAGAGAGAUAUGUAUUGAGUAACAGUUUGGGGUUCAAGAGAAGUUACUCACUUUCCCUAACAUUUAUUUCACUUCUCUCUCUGUUUUGUACG